AUGAAUCCAAAUAAUUCUCCACCUUCUAACCCAAAUUCUCAAGUCCCCAAUACCCAAUUUCCAUAUUAUUUUCCAAAUUCUUAUUUUCCAAACCCAAAUACUCAUAAUCCAAAUACUCAAUUUUCUAGUCCACAAAAUUUUAAUUCGAAUGUCCAAACUCCUAAUCCUCAAUUUCCAUUUUUAAAUCCUUUUUUUCCCGGUGCUCAAAAUUCACAAUAUCAAUUUCCAUAUGUUCCAAAUUUUCAAAUACCCGUCGAUAAUCAAAAUUCUCCAAAUUCUCAAUUUUCUGUUUUUGAGGGCACUAAUACAAUUGAUCUCAACGAUGAUUGUCAUGAGGUUGAAGACAUACGAGAAGCUAUUGGUCAAUGGAAAUGGAAUGAAGACAAGCUCCUAAUAAGUGCGUGGUUAAAUGUAUCAACUGAUUCUAUGAUUGGUACUGAUCAAAAAGGUGAAACAUUUUGGGAGCGAAUUCGUGAAUAUUGCGAAGAAAGUAUUCCCGACCUCAUCAAGAGAGGAGGUAUUGCAAUGAAAAAAAGGUGGCAACGGAUAAAUGAAGGAGCUCGAAGAUAUGGAGCGUGUUAUGAUCAAGCUAAGCGAAGAGUAGGGAGUGGUUCAAACUUGGACAACAUAACUCAGCUAGCUCAUGAACUCCACGUAGCAAAAUACAAAAAGAAGUCCAAUUUUGAUAAGCAUUGGAAUGAGCUUCGGAGACAACCCAAGUGGAGAGCUCCUUCAACAAAUAGUGGAAGCAUGAAGAGAACUAAAUUGAGUGAUACUGGAGCCUAUUCUUCAUCUACAAAUAAUGAAACGCCAACAUCUACAAAUGAUGUGGAAUCACCUGUUCGUCCGAAAGGUACAAAAGCGACUAAGCGAAAGGGAAAGGAAAAAGUGACAAAGGCUUGUGAAGAGUUAGAAAUAUUGAAGUCUUCUACUUGUAAAAGAUUGUCUUUGAUGGAGGAAUUUGUUACUAACGAACAGAAAAAGGAAGAAAGAAGGGCGAAGGAGCAGGAUCUAAAAAUCAUCAUGGCGGAUACAACUAUAAUGAAUGAGACUCAACGAGAGAGUCACGCCAAGCUGCUGCAAGACAUUUAUUCUAGGAGAAUGUAG